AGCUCACCAGUGCAUAUACGUCUCGCGACGCCCAGAUAGGAGUUCAAGCGGACGACCGUGUAAACGCGCCGAAAAAGAAUUGUGUGCAUCAAUUGUCUUGUUAUGCACCGCCUCUUUCUGGCGCGCAUACUAGUGUUGUGAAGUUUGCUCGCCACGACUGGAUCCUUUCUAUCCUGCUACACGAACCCGUAUCAGAACGAGCAUGUACUCUCCUGCUCCUACUGCAAUGGAUGUCCUAGUCGUUGGUGGUGGCCCCACAGCCCUCGUAGCAACGUAUAUGCUGCUAAAGGCCGGGGUUGUUGCACUUGCAGUAGAACAGUACGAUAAAGCGGCACAGGCCUCGUAUGGAAGGGCAUGCAUGCUCUACUCUCGCUCCGUCGAGCUCCUUGACCUGAUCGGAAUGUACGCUCGGAUUGCAGACAUAGGAUUCUUGGUCAAAGAGACAAUCACUUUCAAAGAUGGCAAAGAAGUACCAGCACGAGGGUGGUCCUUCGUGCGCGACGCUAUCGCAGGCAACACCUUCUUCGAAUUCAGCUUCAGUGUCAGGCAAAAGUACCUUGAAGCUGCCUUGAGAGAGGCCAUACAAUACAUCGACCCGACUGCCCUCCGAGCUCCCGCAAAACUCAUCGACUACUCUAUUGAUCCAACCGCACCGUACCCCGUACUUGCGACAAUACAAGAGGAUCAAAGAACUUACCAAGUUCGCUGCAGAUACCUGGUAGGAGCUGACGGGGGACGCUCCACCGUCCGUUCCAUUUGCCGGAUCCCGUUUCCUGGAACAAACUCAAAUCAUCGUUGGGUGCGCAUGGACGCUGUUGUGCGCACGGACAUGCCGCAUAGCAGGAGGGGCGGCGUCGCGAUCGAAUCCAUCGAGCAUGGCAACGUUCUCUGGACCCCGAUCGAUAACGGGCGCACUCGGAUCGGCUUCGUCUGCCCACAACAUCUCUUCGGUCAGAAUGGGGAGUCACCGACCGCUGAAGUCAUCAUGGCGGAGGCCAAGAAAGCCGUCCGGCCGUUCACUCUGGACUUUGUCGAGCUGGACUGGUGGACGGUGUACGCGAUCGGGCAACGCGUGGCGGAGACGUUCAAGGACGGGCCGGUCCUUCUAGCGGGCGACGCGGCACACACGCACUCCUCCGGUGCGGCCCAGCUAGAUCGCGACAUCGCGUCGCUCAUCUCUGGCAAGAUCCCCAGCCACUUCCGCGCGCCACCCGACGCCGACGUCAACUCGUACCUCGACGAGGUCUUCACCACCAACGCGUCCUUCACCGUCGGCCUCGGCAUCUCGUACACGGAGAACGUGCUGAACCGCCGCGCCGGCGCGAGUGCGACGCCUGCGGCCGCGCUCCUGGGCCGUCGUGCGCCAGACGUCGCGCUCGUCCUCCCAGGCGCCGCGUUCCCGCGACGGCUCUACGAGCUGAUGCCGUACUCUGGGCGGUUCUGGAUCCUCCAGGCGCUGGAUGCGCCAGACGCGUUCACGCGCACACGCGCGCCCGUGUUCGCGUUCUUGACGAUCCCGCGUGGGGAGGGUGCGCUGCAGUCCGCUGAGACGCUGGGCGAGCAGCCGUUGGGCAUCUCAGCCUACGACGUGACCGGGGAUGCGUAUGCAAAGUAUGCGGUGAUGCGGCGGAGGGUGGCUUGGUCGUCGUUCGCCCGGACGGCAUAG